AUGAAUGACUCACAACAUACAGGAAAUGUUACUAGUAGAGGUGACCUUGAGUUUAUUGCCAUAACUGCCAUAUUGUAUGUCUUUAUAAUCAUCGCUUCACUUCUAGGAAACAUCAUAGUAUGUGUGGUCAUACUCAGCACCAGAUCCCUGCGGCGAUCUGUCAACUCGUUUUUCAUCCUCUCGCUAGCAGUUUCUGAUCUGACGACAACAUGUGUGGUGAUACCGUUCGACUUGGAACGUUUAAUUUUAAAUGGCAAAUGGCAACAUGGUGAGGUAAUGUGCAAUGUUUGGACAACAACUUACCUACUGGCAGUGCCAACGUCUAUUCUAAGCUUGUUAGCUCUGACAGUUUAUCGAUACCGACUCCUACAAGACCCUCUAGAUAGCUACAAAUCAUCACCACUAAUCACACGCAGGCGCGCCUUAAUAGUCGUCUGCUGUUUAUGGGGAUACUCCAUGCUCUUUUCACUUGUCCCGGUCUUUGGCUGGAAAACGUACCCAACACGUGUCUUUAAUGGAUACUGUCAUUUCAACGUCUCUUGGAUUUACUCAGUCUUGAGCUCGAUGAUAAAUUUUGUGACGCCAGUUAUGACUGCUUCCAUCCUAAACUGCAGAAUGUUCUGCCUUGCUUUAAAGCUCUCCCGCAAAGCGUUGAGGGUCGAUGAGCGUUGUGGUAAAAACCGACACAGUUCAAGCUACAGUACAGCGAUUCAAAACUGUUCACUCUAUGAGCGUGAAAACACCGAGUCACCACUGAAAUCCAAGCCUUCGAAACACCUCUACAAACCACAUCUUGUUGAUGAUAGGGUGUUAUACCAAUCUGCACAACAGGAAGACUUCCUUCUUAAGAAACUACAAAAGCGCAACAGUCGCGCAGCUAAGACAACCUUUUUGAUCGUUUUUUCCUUCGUAUUCUGCUGGUUUCCGCACACAUUAUGUAGCAUAACGUUUAGCAUUUGCAAACAGUGUUUCAUCAAUGUCCCAUACAAUAUUUAUACGUAUGUGACAGGCUUUUUUCUCGUGUUGGGUUAUCUGAAUUCGGCCUUGAAUCCAAUUUUAUACAGCUUUCGCAGUCCAGAGUUUCAGAAAGCUGUCAAAAUAUUUCUCGUGAAGAGGUCUACCUCAUCGAAUAAGCAUUCGGGGAGAAAAUUAUCACACCCUCGAUUGAGCAUUACAAAGAGCACCAGUGUGGAUCGGGAGACUAGGCUCUAGUCAAACAGCAGAGAGCGCCAGUCAUCAUGGUCAUCAAGUUUCUAGGUUACCUUUUUAUCUCUGAAAAGUCAAUAUCACCCUAAGUGCUCAAUAAUCAU